GGCCGCGCUCGCGCCCUUUUGGGCCCCGCCGGGCGCCGUAGGGGGCGGGGCAGCGGUCGCGGGCGCGUUCGAAAGCGCAACGGUCGGGCGGGCGGACUGACGGAGAAGGACAGACAGGGAAGGGAGGACAGGCGGACGGAGAGACGGAGACGGGCAGGCGGGCGCAGCCCUGCCGGCGGCGAUGGAGACGCUCUCCUUCCCCAGGUACAACGUGGCCGAGCUCCUGGUCCACAUCCGCAACAAGAUCCUCACCGGCGCCGACGGGAAAAACCUCUCCAAGACGGACCUGUACCCAAACCCCAAGCCCGAGGUCUUACACGCCAUCUACAUGCGAGUGCUGCAGAUGGUGUACGGGACCCGGCUGGAGCACUUCUACAUGCUGCCUGUCCGCUCGGAGGUGGCAUUCCCGCAGAUCAUGGAGGGCUUCCUGCCCGUCAGCAACCUGUCCCUGCACCUGGACUCCUUCAUGCCCAUCUGUCGGGUCAACGACUUUGAGAUCGCUGAUAUCCUGCACCCCAAGGCCAAGCGGACCACCCGGUUCCUCAGCGGCAUCAUCAACUUCAUCCACUUCCGGGAGGCCUGCCGGGAGACCUACAUGGAGUUCCUGUGGCAAUACAAAUCUUCCAUGGACAAGAUGAGUCAGCUGGAGAGCGUCCACCAGGAGGCGCUGCAGAGGCUGGAGCGGCUGGACUCGGUGCCCGCCGGCGAGCAGGCGGAGUUCCAGCAGCUGUCAGACGACAUCCAGGCGCUGCAGCGGACACUGAGCCAGGACUUCCGGCAGAAAACGGCCGUGCUGCAGGAGGCCAACGCGCAGAAGAAAUCCAACAUCUCGGAGAAGGUCAAGCGCCUGAACGAGCUGAAGCUGUCGCUGGCCUCCGCCAAAGAGCUGCAGGACAGUCUCAAGACCAAGAUCGUGGACUCCCCCGAGAAGCUGAAGAACUUCAAGGAGCGGAUGAAGGACACGGUCCAGAAGCUCAAGGCCUCCCGGCAAGAGGUGAUGGACAGGCUGGACGUGUACCGCGACUCGGUGGAGGGGCUGCCCGCCUGCCAGCUGGAGGUGCAGCUGUACCUCAGGAAGGCGCAGGAGCUGGCGGGCAGCAGGGACAGGCUGGCCCAGACCGCCAAGGAGAGCCUGACCCUGGAGGACCAGAUCGAGAGUGCCCAGCUGGCCCUGAAGAAGCUGAAGGCGGAGGAGAGCGCGCUCCGGCGGCUGCUGGUGGCCAGGAAGGAGAAGCUGGCCACCGCCCAGCUGCGGAGGGCCAAGAAGCAGGAGGACGCCGAGCUCUACAAGCGCACCGUCCUCGAGGACUGCGGCAGGGUGCAGGAGCGGCGCGGCGCCGUGUGCGAGCGGGUGGCGGCCCUGGCCCAGGAGGCGCAGCGCGUCAGGCUCAGCUCCCAGCAGCUGCGCGACGCGGCCCAGCGCGAGCGGCUCAAGGCCCGCGAGAUCUUCCUCAACCUCAAGGCCGGGCUGGAGAAGUAUCACGAGGGACUGGAGAGGGCGUCGGCCGAGGGGCGCGCGGAGCUGCUGGGGAAGGUGGUGGCGCUGAGGGCGCGGCUGUACCUGCCCAACAGCUGAGGGCCCCAGGGAGGGGGGGACGGGGCUGCUCGGCUGGGCACGACAGCCCUCACCUGGGAUUAAAGUCGAGUCUAGUGUCACGUGUGCGUCUGCUCUAACUGCCUUUGAAACGUGGCCGCCCCCCGUGAACUCAGCACUCAGCACUUAACACUCAGCACCUAGCUCAGGCCACAGCCCCCACUGAUGAGGUUGUCACCUGUGGCCCCUCUGGGAUAUUCCGGGAGCCCCCAGGGGUCAGACGCCCAGCGACCCCUGGGAUUCAAGGCCGCCCCUCCUGUCCUAGCCCCUGUCAUCAUCAGGGGCAGCACCUCUGCGUGACAGGGACACCAGGGGCGAGUCUGAGCUCCAGGGCGAGCGGGUUCAGGGCCGGGCGGGUCAGGGCAGCGGCUUCCAGCCCCAGUUUUGUGCCUGUCACCAUCCUCACUAGCUGCCAUUUCUCACGGGCGCUGUGGGCUCGGGGGCCGCGGAGGAAGCUCAGUGGGUAGAGCACUCACCUUGCAGCCCCAGUUCCAUCCCUGGUACCGCACAGGGGCCCCCUAAACCCCCCCGAAGGGACCCCCGGGAGCACCCCGGGUGUGCACCCAGCCCCCUCCCCCCAAGAGUCCCCCACUGGUUUCCUGGGAACAGUGGGUUCUCGGUGGCAGCAGACAGACAGUGGGGGCCCCGGCAGGCCCCAGCUGGCCGCUCCUCCCUUUGGAGGAUGCUUGGGGCAGGCGGCAGGAUUCGGGCCCAGGCCCCUGGGCUCCACACGGCUGCCUCUCCUGGCACGGGGGAGGUCACGGGACACGGGGCCCCGGGGCAGGCCUGGCGCAUGCUCCAACUUCAGAGUGACCCUCGGCGGGUCCCCGACGGCCGCCCUCGCCCCCCCAGUCCCUCCGCCCGCCUGUCCUGUCCGCACGGCAGCAGGGGCGCGAGCCCGUGACGCAGACCCCGCCCCGAAAGGCGCCACACGGCUGACAAGGACCUGGGCACACACAGGUGCCAAGUUCAGAAGCAUUUUGGCACCAUCGGACUCUCUAGGAACUCCGGCAGGCAGGCAGACAGACAGACAGACAGACAGACA